GCACUUUUUACAGCUGUUUGGCGCUUGCCAAAGUUGGUGAGUGACAUUUGUGCCUCGACUGCCUGCUGCAAUCCCACGGUGAAUUGAGCUGAUUUGGAGUCGUUCACUGGGCCAACACCGACCGACCCAUCCAGUCUCUAGAAGGGAUGCCUUUUAAGAAGAUUCCAAAAACAACGGUGCCACUGGUGAAGGUUUGGGAACAUAAAGCGCAAAAGUGUGGACUGCUGCAUAGCGUGUAUGCUGUCAACGGAGACAAGUACACGGGAGAGUGGCUUGACAACAAAAAGCAUGGUAAAGGAACCCAGGUUUGGAAAAAGGCAGGGACUAUCUAUGACGGAGACUGGAAGAAUGGCAAACGAGAUGGAUAUGGUACCCUGAGUCACAUGGAUUCCACAACGGACGACUACAUACGAUUAUAUUGUGGGGGGUGGAAAAAUGACAAGAAAGAUGGCUUUGGGACACAUUUCUACAGCCAGACUUCUUGGUAUGAGGGUGAGUGGCUUGAGGGCCAGAGAAGUGGUUGGGGCCGAAUGUACUACAGCAAUGGUGAUGUGUAUGAGGGGGAAUGGCUGGAAGACAAGCACCAUGGACAAGGCAUGCUCCGGUUCGCUGACGACAACAGGUACGAAGGCUGCUGGAAGCAAGGGAAGAAGCACGGGCCUGGCAAGUUCUUCUUCCUGAACAAAGGGCAGCUGUACGAGGGCGUCUGGAAGGACGGAGUGGCCAAGUAUGGAACAGUGUCUGACUUUGGGAGGAAGGAAGCAUCCAGCCCAACAACAUACCCACUCCCAAAAGUUUGCCUAAAGGAUAUGAAUGCAGUGCUGAUGGACUCAAGUGCUUUAGUGGAAGAGCACUCGGAUGGAGCCUGAAGCUUCCCACAAGCAACAUUCUAACAGCAUCAUGUGACACUCGAAAUCAGGGCCAAUGCCAAAAGUCCAAAUACAGUCUUCCCCUGACAUCA